UCCACCAAUAUGACAAACCAUGGAAAGUCAACCCCUUGGAAAGACUUCCACUUUGUAGUCUUCACCUUCAUAUUGAGUCAUUGAGUGUGAGGAUAAGGUAUUACAAUACAGUUGCUUAGAUCACUACGAUGGAAAGCUCAUCAAGGUUGAUGAAAGACAGACUUGGGUUCUUUGAGAUAAUCCAACAAUCUCUGAAAAUCCCAUUGAAUAAUCCCAACUUCAUUUUAUUAACCUUCCUCACUUCCUUCCCUCUUUUUUGUUUCCUCGUUUUCUACGAGAUCAUCCUUCAGCAUACCCUGAUUGAAUCCGCACAAAUCUUUCAGAAAACAUUUGAUGACUAUGAAAGACUAACCAAAAUUGGGUACUUGUUAGAGAAAGUUUCUCCUAUGGAUCUUUUCGUGUGUGUCCUAUUUAUGGGAACCCUCCAUUUCGUAGACCUCUUCAACACCAUUGCAAUCGUGGAUAUUGCAUCAAUGAUAUAUGCAGGAGAAAAACCCAUCAGCCUCAAACACAUGAUUUGUAGAUCUAUCAACGAAACAAGGUUCAAAGGGCCUCUGAUCACAUCAAUUUGUUCUCUCUCUUUAGCUGCCCUUGUUCUCCUUGGACUGAUCGCCUUUGCAACAAGCAUAUACAUAUUAGCAUCAUUAGCUGUCUUCUUCAUGGUGAUAUUUAUGGUGCCUUUUAUAGCUUUAUUGGUGAAGUACCUCGAAUGGAGUGCGAUUUGGAACAUGGGGAUUGUGGUUUCGAUCCUGGAAGAUAAUAAACAAGGCGAUGUAGCAUUAUUGCUCUCAUCGUAUCUCAGUAGAUGUAAUAGGGGUGGUGGAUUCUUCUUAAUGCUUGGAUUCUUUGUUUGGAGAUUUGGGUUACGAUUUGCUUUCCUUUAUAGAACGUGGUACAAUGGAGACAGUAGCAUUGGGGAAACGACUCUACAUAUUAGCCUAGUUUGCUUGGGGAAUUUGGUAAAAUGGGUGGCCCUCAUGCUUUACUUUUAUGAUUGUAAGAAGCAAACUUCCUCUAGGAUUAGUGAUGUUGAAGACGCAAAAAUUCAGGAACGAAGAUCUGCAGCUACAUAAUAAAUUUUCAUGUUUAAAUUUGGCAUUUUACCAAAUCUGUAUAAUUGUCUUGUUUUUACAUGGAAUUGUUAUUACUAAAGCUUGAUCUUGCA